CACCUGUUACGGGACUGCACCGCGCCUCUCCUCACCUUGUCUCUCCCAAACUUUGCUUCGGUCUUCUUUUACCUACCCCCCUUUCCCGCUCUCUCUCUUUCUCUUCCUCGCUCUUUCCUCCCCGUUCCUCUCUACUCCUUCUUGUUUCCUCCAUUACUCGUCUCAUGGUUUGCUUUCCUUCUUCAUUAUAUCUAUCUGUUUUUCUCUCUCUCUUUCUUUAUUUCUGUGUCUCUCACUCGUUCUCGUUCUCUUUCUCUUUCUUCUUCGUCUCUACUCCUCCAUCAUCACGCCCCGCGUUUUUGCCUGGCCUCGCCUCGUAGUCGAACCGUACUUCUACCCGUUGCCCCCCUUUCCAUCUCCUUUCCUCCUCCAAUCCAACUCGUUUCUCUCUUCCGUGCCUAUAUCUUACCUUGCCACUGUUUUAAUUUACGAACCUCCUAGCAUUUGUGUCACUAAUGCUAUCUUCGUCCUACUAUCUGUGCGAUGACGAAGAUAUUUGUCGUUGUUACAUUCCAAUUACCACGAGAGAAUGAAGCGGCCAGCAACGGUCCCACAGGUGGCAAGAAACCAAGAGGACGUGGACUCUUGCGUUCUCUACUAUGUUGCCUUGGUAGAGGACGAGGAAGUAGUUCUAAAAGUUCCAAAACAAGUUCGCUACAAGGAGAUGGACGAGGUUCACCGCCACCAGGAACUGGGUCCCCACGGUAUCUUUUACCGCCUGUCAGACACCAGGAUAUGCAUAAAAAGUGCAUGGUGAUCGAUUUGGAUGAGACACUUGUGCACAGUUCUUUCAAACCGAUCAACAAUGCGGAUUUUGUUGUUCCUGUAGAAAUUGAUGGAACAGUACACCAAGUGUAUGUCUUAAAGAGGCCUUAUGUCGAUGAAUUUUUGCAGAGGAUGGGAGAACUAUAUGAAUGUGUAUUGUUCACAGCGAGUUUAGCUAAGUAUGCUGAUCCUGUAGCUGAUCUACUUGACAGGUGGGGAGUGUUUAGAGCAAGAUUAUUCAGAGAGUCGUGUGUUUUUCAUAGAGGGAAUUAUGUUAAAGAUUUAAAUAAGCUGGGAAGAGAUCUACAACAAAUAAUUAUUGUCGAUAACAGCCCUGCCAGUUAUAUCUUUCAUCCUGAUAAUGCGGUUCCAGUGACAUCCUGGUUUGAUGACAUGACGGACUCAGAACUAUUAGAUUUAAUUCCAUUCUUCGAGAAACUUAGUAGCGUGGAGAACAUUUAUACAGUUUUGUGCAACAGCAACCAUCCAUAUAAUCAAGUAUCAACAACGGUACAAAACAGUCCCAGUCCUGGAUCAGGUUCGCUUGGUGCUUCCUAGCCCCACCUAUAUUCUGGUCAAGUGACCAGUCUUGUUAUCACUCGAUGUGCAUUAAGGAGAAUCUUAACUGAUUUGUCCAAUGCUAACCACUUAUUGUGCUGCGAUGGAUAAUCGGGUAUGCCCAGUUAGAUAUUUUAUCUAAGGCCAAAAGUAUACCCGUAUUAUUAGUCUCUGGGUGAAUAAGAUUUCUGCGUAUCGUUUCCCUGUUAUAUAUAAUAAUAGUGCAACAUUAUUUGCACUUCGCUUUAUCGUUGCCUUCACUUUUUCUUCCUAAUAAAAACAAGCAGCAACGCGAUGGAGAAGAACUAACGUUUACAAAAAGAAUAAAAAGAAAAGGAAAUAGAAACAAACAAAAACAGAAAAGAAAGAAAGAAAGAAAUAGAUAGAUAGAGACGACGAUAAAAUGAUUUUUAUUUUUAAAUAAUAGGCACACCAAUCAGCGACUCUCAUUCUAUUCAAUUUUAAUUCAUUCAAAACGCGGGUUUUGUUUUAAACAUUAUAGAAUUUUUUUCCUGACGUUGAUCAAACAAAAAUAAGAAAUCGAUAAAUGCUUCAGUAUAAUUAGUUAACCCUUUGACUGCGGUGCAUUCUCGCACGAAACCGUCGAUAUUUAUAUGAGGCGCGAUAUUCGUAUGUCAGUCGUUGCUGUGUGACUGACUCUCGGCACAUCGUUAUCCUCAUUAUUUAUCAUUUUCUAUAGAGGAUGUAUGUGUAUAUGUGUACGCCUUUCGUAGUCAUAGGAUUAACUCAAAGUACGUACGCAAAUGUGUGAUUUAUAUCUUUGAUACUGAUGAAAGUGAAAAAAGAAAGAAACGAAGGAAGAAAGAAAAAAAAACAAAAAAAAAAGAAAAAGCAAAGGGCUGAAGAGAAAAUAAUAACGAAUGAUAUAUUUCUUGUUGAAUUAGUACACGCAAAUUUUUUGUGCUAUUGCAUGAUCUUUACUUGCUGAAUACCUCAAUGGAUAAUCUUAAAAAUUGAAUUUAAUCCUGAAUAUAAGUCGCACAGAGAGAGAGAGAAAGAGAGUCAUACGAGAAAUCAUUAAUCAAUUAAAAAGUAUGAGUCGUUUGACGGGUCGUUCGAUGUUAUAUCUUUUUAUUUAUUUAUUUAUGUAUUUUUUUUUUUUUUUGAAAUUCAUUUUAUUUGGACCAAUCAGUUAAUAGAUUGUGCAUUUCAUUUGCUGGCAUAUUAAAAAAAAAAGAUUAUAUCGCGUUCAAACUUUGAGUCCUGUGUAAAAUAAGUUCUUUUUUUUAUUUUAUUUUUUUUUUUUUAUAGCAUUUUUCAAAGGAUCGACGAUAAUGAAAAAUAAUAUUUACAAUUGUUACGUGACGUAAUAUUGAGAAUGUUUGUAAACAAAAAAAGUAGAAAAGCAGAAAAGAAAAAAAAAA